AUGAAGUUCCUUGCCUCUCUUGCCCUGUUGGCGUCUACUGUGGCUGCUGGCCCGGUGCUGUACCCCCGCCAGUCCAGCAACUCCACCCAAUCUUUCUACCUGAAGACCUCGGGCGCUACCAACGACGACCACAACAACCUCUACGUUUAUGCCUACCACACCGGUGCGGGAUUUAACGAUGCCGUGCUGACCUCGGACGUCGGAACGGCCAGCCCGGCCUUCCUGAACGGCACCCACACCCAGUUCGACCUGGGCACUUCUUUCCCCUGGGGAUUCAAGAUGGGCGUCCAGAACAACUAUGCAGCAUGGGAGUCCGUUCAGAUCAAUGUUGGAUACGGCGAUGAUGACUUCUCCAUUAGUUCUACCGGUCUGGAGUGGUCGGCACAGGAUGGCUUUGGAGGCUGGCUAGUGUGCGACUGGUACCACAACGCACCCCAGCUCUUCUACAUCUACCGCUAUGAGGAGCCCACUAUUCCGGAUUCCUGCAGCACUGUCGACCUGACGCCCGAAUACACUUCCUAA